UAUCGGCGGCUCUAGGGUGUUACUUAACAGAAGACAAGAAUGAGCGAGUUUUUCUAAUUGUUUUCCUGCUGGAUACAGUGGUCUUAUUAUACAAAAUGGCGUACGUUCUUUGGAAAAACCGUUUCUUGCUAAUGUUAGUACACGAAACAGGAACCCAUUCUACCAACGAUCAGAAAAUAUUCAUCGAAAUGCGGGAUAAUUUGAAUUUUCUGAUGAAAUUUGGACAGAUUUUCAUGAUGAUGGUAGCUUUUGCCUCCUUCCUACUGGCUAUUGUGUUUCCUAUUGCAAACUAUCGACGAAAAGUUUUGUUCGUCAACGUCGCAUUUCCGUUAGAUAAGACACAUGGAACUGUUUUCUGGAUUGCAAGUUUAUACCUUGGUAUCGGAAUUUUCUGUGCUACUGUUAUGACUUUCUUCGCUGUAAUGCUUUGGUACAUAAUGUUCAACUUUGUGAUUGACUACAAACUACUGGGCCGUCAAUUAAAAGAUAUGGGCAAAACAGGACUGACACUUUCAACAAGACGUCAAGACGAAUUAUAUCGUGAGGAAAUAAUUUCGGCAAUUUCAACAUAUGACAGAAUAAACGGAAACCUGAAGGAAUUUGCGUCAACUUUUUCCAGUUUAUUUUUCUUGCAAAUUGCCACUAGUAGCCUUUGCAUCUGUGGAAUGGUCUACAGUUCAGCAUUUAGCACACACGACGACCUGGUCAAAGAUGGUGUUUAUUUCAUAAUAUUGUCGUACAGCUUCUUCGACAUCUUUAUGAUCAUGUAUAUGGGAAACGAAAUUAAGUUGUCCAGCGAAGGACUGUCGUACUGUUUGUUCGAAUCAAAUUGGAACAAACAAACGAAAUCGAACCAAAAAUGCGUUUUGAUAUUUGAAGAACGUUUGAGGAAACAACAACAGAUAAUCAUAAGCAAAAUAUACAUCCUAAACUUAGCAACUUUCCGUUCGAUCGUAAAUACAGCGUACAGCAUGUUCAGUCUACUGGUCAACCUUCGGACUGAAUAAAUUCUGUUUACUUUAAGGCAUUUUGAUUGCGGUUCUCUGCUAUACCAAAGAAAAAUUGGAUUUGGCCAUGUAC